AUUGACCAUAUGCGUAGGGAUAAACCUAGAAACAGAAAUAAAGUUAACUAUGAGAUCUAAUUUUUAAAAAAAAUCUUUUUUUUAAAGAUGAUGAUCUAUUACUAGGAAAUUAAAUUCAAUUAUGAUUCAGAAUGUAUGGAAUUUAUUGAAAGGAAUAAAUAAACUUCUUCAAUAUUGUUGUACCUUUUUUCUUCUUCAAAAGAUCAUCUAGUAUCCUUAUCAUAUCUCUAAGGCUUGACAACAUAAAUAAUGGACAUGGAUAAAACGUUUCAUCGAGUAUCCCUGUCAUAUCUCUAUGGUUUAACUACAUGAAUAUACAUGAAUACAACGUUUAAUAUUUUUUGAUUUGUUUUUUAUUUUCUCUUUUUGUUCAAUAUUUAUUAACUUGAUAAAUUACAAAAAUUAAUAGUAUUAUCAAUCUACAAUUGUUGCUAUAGCUGUUGUUGCUGUGGAUGUUGUUGCUAAGCGAAUGAAAGUAUAUUUGAGGAAUUAUCUAUUUAUAUGUAUUUAAUAUUGAAAAAAAAUGUUAAAAUUACAAAAAAACAAAAAACAAAAAAAAAACAGGGAUUCGGAUACAUGUAUUGAUUAAUUUAUUUUAAUUCUGAUUUUAAAAAAAACAUAAAUAUGCUCGUCAGUCGAAAUUUGAUCGUUCUUUGAACAAUCUAUCAGAUAUGGUCGAUCAAAGAAAUCCUGGAAAUAUGUCUUAUGAAUGUCAAAUGGAAAAAACUCUACAAAAAUUACAUGAUGUCAAUCAAUUAAGACAAAAAUUACUUCUUGAACGUGCUACAUUAAAAUCUCAACUUGAUAAAUUAUUACAAAGAUCUGUAAAUGAUGUAGAUCUUAUUGGUGGGGAUGAAGAUGAUGAUUAUGAUAAUGAUGGUGGUGAUGGUGAUAGUGGUGGUGGUAAUGGUGGUGGUGUUGGACAAACACAAUCAGACAAUUGUCAACUACAUGAGACUGAAGAUUUUAAGUCUAAAGAUACUGUAAAACAAAUCCGCUCAAAAAUUAAAGAAUUAGAAAAACGUUGUGCAUUACAAUUAUUAAAACAUGAAGAAAUUUUAUUAGAAAUUGAAGAUGUUCGUAAACGUAGUUUUAAUCAUUCCAAUAUUAAUCAUAAUCAUAAUAAUAAUUCAUCAAUCAUUACAACAAUCAAUACAAUCAAAAAUCAAUUAAAUGAUAUUGAUUCAAUCAAUCAAUUAUCCUCAUCAACAUCAUGUUUAAUUAAUAAUCAAAAUCAGAAUCAAAAUAAUCAGAAUAAUAAAAUUUAUGGUCGUUUAUUACAAUCAGGACAACAACAACAACAACAACAACAACAGCACCAACAUAAGUUGAAACAAGAUGAUAUACAAUCAACAUAUGAAAUGGAUUCAUUAUUAUUUGAUUCAUCUGCAAUGGGUAUUAUAGAAUUAGAUAAACAAAUGACGACUAAUACUACUAAUAAACAAGUUAAAGGUAGAUUAUUUCGUAGUAAUACGGAUUUACAAAUAACAGAAGGAGAUGAUCCAAAUUUAGUCGAACUGUUUCAAGUUAUUGAAGAAUCUAGAAAAUCAACCGAUGUACCAGCACCAAGAAUGAUCACAUUAGAACGUCAAUUAUUUCAAAGUGUAUUAAUUAGUUGGAAAUCACCAGAAUUAAAUGAGAAUAAAAUUGUAUCUGCAUAUCAUAUUUAUGUGGAUGGACAAUUUCGUUUAGCUGUUAUGGCUAAAGAAAAAACUCGUGCACUUAUUGAUAAUGUGGAUGCUGAUAAACCUCAUCGAAUUUCAAUUCGAUCUAUUUCUUCACAUGGUCAAUCCAAAGAUGCACAAUGUACAUUAGUAGUAGGUCGUGGUAUGACUGCUACACCUGCUCGACUGAAAGCUACACAAAUCGGUACUAAAUCAGCUAAAUUAAGUUGGAUUCCAGGAAAUAGUAAUUAUUAUCAUCGAGUUUACUUAAAUGAAACUUCAUUACAUGUAUGCAAACCUGGUGUAUACAAACUACACUUAACUGAUCUACCACCAGAUACUUUGCAUCAGGUUUGUGUUCAAGCUUUACCAUCGCCAAUUAGUAUACAAGAAUCAGCUCAACAAUCUCCACCUUGGAUUAAUACUGCUUGUAGUGGUGUAUACACACAGAAACUAGCUGCUUUUAUAGAAUUUCGUACACUACCUAUAGGUCUACCAGAUCCUCCAAGUCAUGUACAAAUUGAGGCUGGUCCUCAAGAUGGCAUGCUACUUAUCACAUGGCUUCCAGUUCCACAAGAUAAAAAUGCUGUAGAAGCUGUUACAGCUGCCGGUGCUAGUAGUACUUUACCAGUACAAGGUUAUACUGUUUGUUUAAAUGGUCAAGCAAUUAUGGAAUUGAAGGGAGCUUCAAGAGAUCAUGCUAUAUUGAAAUUAUCAACAAUUAAAGAUCAUAUACAAAAAUUAUUACAUAAUUCAAUUCAAUCACCAACAGAUAUGUAUGAUCAUAAUACUAGUCAUUUAUCAAAUUCAAACCAUUCAAAUAAAUCUACAACUAAAUAUCAUUCAAUGAUUGAAUUAUAUAUUACUGUACAUUCAACUAUUCCAAAUGAAUUAUUAUCUAAACAAGAAAUUAAUAUAUCAAAAGAAUGUAAAUUAAUAAAAGGUUCUGAAGGUCCUGCAUCAAAACCAAUCCAUUUAACAGCUAGUUUAUUAAUUUUAGCUGCUGGUUCCUUGGAAACAGCUUAUAAAAUAUUUGGUUUAAAUCUUGCAACUAAACUUGGUAUAAAUGAAAAUACAGCUAAACUAGCUGGUGUAUCUUUAUCACUUGAUGGUCUACAAGAGACAACUACACUUGAAAAUAAUCAAAAUGUAGAAAAUAUAAAUUCAGAUGAAGAUCAUGGAUUAUUAGUUGUUUCAGCUGAGAAUGUUGCACGUAAACCUAGUCCAACAGCUGAUGCUUUAGGUUCAGCUGAAGCAUUAUUACUUCGUCGUAAGUUAGAAAAACAAGAAUUAAAGGAUAAUGAUAAUGAUGAUCAUGAUCAUGAUCAUGAUCCCCAUUUAUCCCCUGAUCAUAAUCCAAUCACUGAAAUAAGUAAUUAUAGUCAUACUAUAAAACCUAAAAAUAAUUUAUAUCAAUCGAUUUGGGAUACGUCACAUACACAAAAAUCACCAAUUAAUCGAUAUUAUCAAUAUCAAAAAAGUCAUUACCCUCGAAAUAAUCAAGAGUCUAAAUAUAAAUUACGUCAAGCUAGAUCGAUUUCAGAUGAUUAUGAAUGGAAUUUAAGAUAUGGUCCAUCAAAAGAUGUUUAUUAUAGUGAUGAAGCUUCAUUGAAUAGUUCAGCAUCAAGUGAAUCUUCAACAGCACCAGAUAAUAAUCGAUGGUUUCGUACAUCUUCAUCAUAUAAUUUAACAGCAGAUUAUCCUAAUCGACGAUGGAAACCACGUGGUGUUAUAAGAAAUAAUAUAGAUAGAGGUUAUCCACAUGAAUAUCAUGAAUCUUUUACAAUAGCACGUUUAAAUAGAAGGGAAGGAAUAAGACGGAGACAUUUAAAUCAUCUUUAUGAUAGUAAAAUGUAUCCUCUUUAUAAAAGUCAACAUUUUUACAACUUACCUAAUCAUCCACAAUCUUUCAAAAGUCAUACUUACAGUGGAAGAAUAUCACCAGAGAAUAAACCAACCAUUUUAUUCAAACAUGGUUCAAGACGAUUACUUGAUCAAUAUCCAUAUAAUAAGCAUAGAAAACAUGAAAUUCUUCCAAUGUCUUCAUCAUCCAAUGAAGAAAAAUAUCCUGAUUCAAUGUUAAACAAUCGAAAUUAUUUCAAUCAAAUGGAUCAUUUCAAUAAGAUUCCACUACCUGAAACAUGUUUAGUAAAUACACGAAGUCGUAGUACAAGUCCUAAAAGGAUUCAUAAACUUAGUGGAUUGUCUCAUCCAUUUAGAAAUACAGAAAUAGAAUAUAAUAUCGGAAAUGUACCUAUUCAUAGGACUCCUAAACAUUAUCGUCCAUUACCUAUAGGAAUUGAAAAUCGACGAUGGCCAAUUAGAGAAAGGUAUUAUUUUGGUCAUCGUAAUCCUCAUGAAAAUCUCUCACUACCAGAAAUACAAAUAACACGGAAUAGUAGCCUAUCAGAUAAUGAACCUCAAUUUCAAGCAAAUGAUCAGUAUCAACAACAGACACGGUAUUCCUACCAGGAUUUUCGUGGACCAACUAGACCUAUUCGAUCUCGUUUUAUGGAUACCAGACGACAUGGUUCAUAUGAUCCUCAGAUGAAUACUGCUAACUUUUCAACAACACGUCAUGAUCCUGACUAUUCACGUCCUGUGGUACCAUCAGAUUCAUAUACACCUGGACCGAAGAGACCGUUUCACUUUAACAUGCCAUCACCAGCAUCCGGUCCAAUACCUCAACAUGAAUACAGACCUUCAUUUAAUCAAGUCAACAUUAAAAGCUGUAGAUCAGGCGAUCAAGGAAGUGGUUUAAGACAAUCAGUUGUAUCACAAUAUUCACGACCAAGUAAAUCAUUUAUACAAAUUGAACAACAAUAUGGCAGAAAUCAAAGAAAUAUUAAUGAUGAUUAUUCAAGUCGAAUAAGUCAUAAUGAACUAAAACCAAUACAAGUUGUAGUAGCUUUAUAUGAUUAUGAUCCAACUACUAUGUCACCAAAUAUUGAUGGUGCACAAGAAGAACUACCAUUUCGAGAAGGACAACUUAUCAAAAUUCUUACUGAAUGUGAUGAAGAUGGAUUUUAUCUUGGUGAAUGUAAUGGUCUACGUGGAUUGGUUCCAUCUAAUAUGGUUUCUGAAUUACAAUCCCAUUCAUUAAGAUCACAGAAAAUCAAUCAUUCUAUAGAUUCACAUUCAAAUUUAAUAAAUAAUAAUUAUUUAUCAUCAGAUCAACUUAAUAUAAUUCGUUCAACAGAUAUGAAUUCACCAAUUCAAAAUUAUUAUUAUACAACUAGAAAAUAUGAUCCAUUCAUUUCACAAAGUAAUACUACUCCACGAAAUACAGAUUUUAUAAAUGAACAGGUAUAUCAACAGCAACAACAACAACAACAAAUGACAAUCCCUGAUUAUUCUGAUAUUAAAGAAUUACAUAAUAAUGAAUUAGAACAAGAAGGUUAUUCACAAUCACAAACGAAAUAUACUACUGAAAUCAAUCCAAAUACAAUUAAUCAAACAUCAAAUAAAUCAAUGGAAUCAGUUCAGCAACAGCAGCAGCAGCAGCAGCAGCAACCACAGCAACAACAACAACAACAACAACCUAAUCAACAAUCAAAAAUUAUGAUUGCUAUUUAUGAUUAUGAUCCUCAUGUAUUAAGUCCUAAUGCAGAUAUUGAUGCUGAAUUAUCAUUUCGAGCUGGUGAACUAAUUACAGUAUAUGGUAAUAUGGAUGAUGAUGGAUUUUAUUAUGGUGAAACAAAAGAUGGUCGUCGUGGUCUUGUGCCUUCAAAUUUUUUACAUUCUUGUACAAAUGAUACAAAUUAUUUAAAUAAACAAAAAAAUUCUUCAACUAUUUCAACUCAAUUAUCUUCAACAAAUAUAUCAAUCAAUCAUAGAGAUCAAUCAUAUUCAAUGGAUCCUAAUAAUUCAUCAGUUCGAAUGCAAAGUCGAACGAAUUCAUCACAAUUUCACAAUGUUAGAAAUAAUAAAUCAGAACCAAAUUCUGAUAGAACUAAACUGAUGCAUAAUAAUACACGACCUAAUUCACCUUGUACACAAACAAGAUUAUAUACUACUAAUAAUAGUAGUGAAGUAAUAAAUACAAACAUCAAUUCAACUGCUUAUCAUCGUGAUGAAUUAACUAUGAAUGGUAUGGAACGUUUUCCAGAGAAUGAAGAAAAUCCAAUCAUUGUAAUGGAUUUAAAUCCGAUAUCAAAUCAUUCACAUAGAAAGGGUAAUUCAACUAAAGAUUAUGAUACACCUUAUAUUCAUCAACAUGAUACUGAUAUUAGUGAUAAUUAUGUAGCAUCAACUGGUCCUAGUUACAAUCAACGAAGACGUUCAACUAUACGAAGUUUAUUUAAACGAGAAUAAGUUCGAGCUCUUACUCUUAAAGCAAAAAAAAAAAGAAAAAGAAAAAAACAAUAAUUGUUCAUUAUAAUAUCAUUUAAAUAAAAUGAAAUGAUCAAUCUUUACUGUGAUACCUUGUUCCAUGGUGGUGUUGAUGGUGGUGUUGUUGUUAUAUUCAUAAACAAACUGUAUACAAACUGUUUACUUAUAUUUUUUUUUCUAAUAUGAACAAUAUCAAACUGUGUAUUGAUAAAAAUAAACAAACAAACAAAAAAUAAGAGAGAAAAGAGAUGAGUGUUCCCCCUCCCCUUUUUUUUGGUGAAAUUAAAUUGAUUAUUUACAAUUCUGUAUAAAAGAAAAAAAAAGAUUCCCCCCUUUUGAUUUGAAAAUUAAAGAAAAAUAAAAAUGAGAAAACAAUUUAACAAAACAAAUGGAUUAAAACGAAAAAGAAAAAAGAAACAAAAAGAAGCAAAUUUGGAUAACAAUAAGAAACAAGGAUGGAUAUAUAUAUAUAUAUACAUUUGCCAAUUGUGUUCCCAUUCACAUCCGUUACCUUCCAUUCAUUCAUUAAUAUCAAUCUUUUUUGUAGAAUAAGAAAAAUUUUUUUACAGUAAAAUCAAAUUCAAUUUGUCUUGUUAAUUUCUUUUUUUAUUUUUGUAUAAUAUUGUAAUGGAUAUAUGUAGUUUUACUUACUUACUAACUUAAGCCUGUUACUCCCAAUGGAGCAUA